CGACCAGCACCGCUGCUUCAGCGCCCCAACGCCCGCCGCUGCUGAACGUCGCCCGCCCACCGCAGUAUCACUAUCACACCACCCCGUCGUGUCAUCGCCUCGCGUCGGCAACAGGCAUCUGCAGCGCACGCAAGACAGCUUUUGUGACCACUCUCUCCGCCUGGGCAGGGAGGCUGCUAAGCUUCGGCAAAUCCGCCCGCGCGACUCGACAGAGGACACGUCCUCCAGCCCUCUCAACACCCCAUCCCUGGCUCCACACCCAAAACGCCUGAUUUCGCCCUCGACGACCACGCCAGCUGGAUCGCAUAACACCGAAACCCACCUCUCCAUCACUACCACCCGGGCCAUGGUUGCCCCGUGACCUCUGCACCGAUUCACCGAGGAGCCCGCAUUUCGCCAGCCCGCCCAAGUCUGCGAGCCACUUUCUGCCAAAGGGCGCUGCGCCCCACGACUCUUCUGCUCCCAUACAACCCAUAAUCCCAUAAUACACCGCCGGGGCCAUGUUAGAAGACAAGUACGUCGGCCUGCUGCUCGCCGUGACAUCGACGCUGGGCAUCGGCGCAUCGUUCGUCAUCACCAAAAAAGGCCUUAAUGCGGCUGCGCAAAAGCAUGGAUUCGAGGGCGAUGGAUUCGCAUAUCUCAAGAACCCCAUAUGGUGGGGAGGCAUCAUUACCAUGGUCAUUGGAGAAGUGUGCAAUUUCUCCGCAUAUGCUUUUGCGCCAGCGAUUCUGGUCACCCCUCUUGGAGCCCUCAGUGUCUUGAUCGGAGCGGUUCUGGGCAGCUAUUUCUUGGACGAGAGGCUAGGAGUGUUGGGGAGAGUUGGAUGCGCGAUAUGUCUGAUUGGCAGUGUGGUUAUUGUGCUGCAUGCGCCUCCGGACCGGGAACUCAAGAAUAUCGAUGAAUUAUUGCAUUAUGCUAUGCAAUUGGGCUUCCUAACGUAUUGCUUGAUCGUUACCAUCUUUGCGCUGGUCAUGAUCUAUAAAGUCGCUCCAGUGUAUGGCAAGAAGAACCCAAUGGUUUAUAUCAGCAUCUGCUCUACUGUGGGAUCGAUAUCCAUCAUGGCCAUCAAAGGCUUUGGAAUUGCGCUGAAACUCACACUGGGCGGCAACAACCAAUUUUCGCAUCCCUCGACCUACGUCUUUGCGAUCGUCGUGGUGGUGUGUAUUCUUACACAGAUGAAUUAUUUCAACAAGGCGCUGGCGACUUACAGUACGAACAUUGUUAACCCGCUAUACUACGUGACAUUUACGACCUGCACGCUGACGGCCUCGUUCAUCAUGUUCCGCGGCUUCAAUACCUCGGACGCCGUAAACACAAUCUCCCUCCUCUGCGGCUUCCUCACGAUCUUCACCGGCGUCUACCUCCUCAAUCUCUCACGCGAAGAUCCGGACGGCAUCAAUGCAGGCAUAAAACCCGCUCGGGACGGUCGAGGCGAAUACCACGAUGUAGACGGGAUCCCCACAGAUGGCCUCACAGGACUACAAACGCGAUUAAGCAUGCAAAGUCGAAGGAGUGGAGAGCACAGAAGGUCAAAUAGCUGGAGCUUAAGAAGCCCAUCAAUACCGACGCGGGCCGAAUUUGGCCAUGCAAACGGAGGGCGAGGGGAACAACAGCACAUGUUGCAUUCAUACGACAUAGAAGCAAACGCGCUAGGGGACCUAGCAGAGGACAGCGACGAAGAUACGACGAACGGGUCGAAUCAAAAACGAACGAGUUUUGAUAAUGGGAGAACACCGAAUGGGGAGACGACAAGUCUUUUCAAUCAGCCCAGGAAACCUUCGGGUGGGAAUGUGAAUUUAGCGUCUGGGAAAGGGUUUGAUCCGAAGCGGUAACAUUGAGAGAAGAGGAGGGAAUUGCAAGUUCAAGGAAAGGAAAGGAAUAAUUGAACAAGAACUUUUCGCAUUUUGGCCAGGCAGUUGUCCAGCAUAUCACGCGCAGAGAGCACGCGCGCACGCGCAGCGCGAGGGGUGGUUUGUGGGUCUGAUGAUCGGGGAACGGGUUUGCUGCCUGCUCAAUUGUGCAGUCGCAAAAGAUCUGCGCAUGACGAUAUCCGUGUCUCACUUAAGCCGGUCAGCGAGAACAGGAGAAGGUGUCCAUGGCUCGCGAAGGCGGUGAGAGAAUGAAGCAGCAGCGGCGGCAGCAUGGAGAUCCACGGGCAACCAGAAGAAGCCGAGACUUACUGUACAGGGCGUUCAUCAUGGCGUUUCAAAGUCGCGCGGAUGGGCAUUGGGAAUGGAGAAGAAGGACACCAACAAGAAGAGAAGAGAUAUAUCUUCACUACUACAGAGCAGCGUGCCAGGAGAUUAAAGCACGUGCAAGCCACAAAAGGUCAAUGACCGAGACGGACUUCACGAAGAGGCGUUGGAAGACCAAUUUUUCGGU